AUCUCAUCUGCAGGAGGACUGAGCUGGAGCAGAGCACCCAGCAGGUCCUCAGCCCCAGGGGCAGGAGGGGACAGCAGGGCUGAGCUGCCAGGCAGGAGCAGGCAGAAACCUCAGGAGCGUUUCCAUGGUCUGCUCAGAGCUGUGCUUGGAGAGGAGGAAGAGCUGGAGGGGAGGAAGAGCUGGAGGGGAGGAAGAGUUGGAGGGGAAGAAGAGUUGGAGGGGAGGAAGAGCUGGAGAGGAGGAAGGGGUAUCCUGCACCCAACUCCACUUGGAAUCUUCCCAGUGGGUGCCGAGCCAACCCAACAGAGCUACAGGACAGAAGACACCUGGGACAAAGGCACGUAACCCCAUUCUGGGGUCAUUGUGGGGACAGCUGACCAGGACUGAGCUGGCAGGGCUGGGAGCAGGGCUGGAGCCACAGCCGAGCACUGGCAAAAGCAGCACCUUUUGUGGCACCUCGUGAUGUCACCCAGGUCCCCUCGCUGGUGUAAACAGUGGUGCAGGGGACGUUCCACUUCCUCCUGAGCACUCGGCUGUGCUGAGCACGGCUCUGCCUGCCAAGGAAUGACCCAUCCACCCUACACCACCACAGCCUCUUCCAGCAGCCCAGUCAUGAGCCAGAGCAACCAGAGCUGCUCCCGUCAAGAUAUCACCUUCAAGAGCAGCCUCUAUGCCACCACCUACACCCUCAUCUUCAUCCCGGGGCUCCUGGCCAACAGCGCUGCCCUGUGGGUCCUGUGCCGCUUCCUCAGCAGGAAGAGCAAAGCCGUCAUCUUCAUGAUCAACCUGGCCGUGGCCGACCUGGCCCACGUCCUCUCACUGCCCCUGCGCAUCUACUACUACAUCAACCACACCUGGCCUUUUGGGGAUGUCCUGUGCUUGCUCUGCUUCUACCUGAAGUACCUCAACAUGUACGCCAGCAUCUGCUUCCUCACCUGCAUCAGCAUCCAGCGCUACUUCUUCCUGUACCACCCCUUCCGAGCCAAGGGCUGGAAGCGCCGCUACGACGCGGCCAUCAGCGCCCUGGUGUGGCUGGUGGUGGGGGCCCUCUGCGUGCCCUUCCCCAUCAUGAGGAGCCACGGGCUGGGUGCCAACACCACCAGCUGCUUUGCAGACCUGCAGGUGAAGCCGAUCGACAGCAAGGUGGGCACGGUGCUGAUGACCGGCGCCGCCGAGCUCCUGGGCUUCGUGGGCCCGCUCGUCAUCAUCUUAUUCUGCACGUGGAAAACAAGAGACUCCAUCCGGGGCUUCCAUAUCCCAGAGGAAAGCAGCGGGGAGAGGAGGAAGGCCCUCAGGAUGGUUUCCAUGUGUGCCAUUGUGUUCUGUGUGUGUUUUGCUCCCUACCACAUCAACUUCUUCUUCUACAUGUUGGUGAAGGAAAAUGUCAUCACCGACUGCUUCCUGAGCACCAUCACGCUCUACACCCAGCCCUUCUGCCUGAGCCUUGCCAGCUUCGACUGCUGCUUGGAUCCCAUCAUCUAUUUCUUCAUGACUUCAGAGUUCCAGGAACAGAUUUCCAGGCACAGCAGCAUGGCCAUCCGGAGCCGGCUCAUGAGCAAAGAGAGCGCCUCGUCGAUGAAGGAAUGACAAGGAAGCCACUUGGAAGAAACUAAGCUAUUUCAUGUGAAAUCUGAGACUGGUCUGGGAUACUCCAUUACCAUCUGUGUUGUGGAAGAUCUUGCAGCUUUGUCCAAGGGAGUUUUGUGGCAGUGGAAUUUUUCAGUGUAUAGAAGAUAAAACCUUGUCUAAGACUGGUGUGUUGGAAACUGGUGAGUGACCCAAUUGAUGUGCCUGUCCCCCUCCCUGUGCCACCCCCACCUGACCUCACUGGACUAGAAAACACAUAGGAGGGAGUGAAAAAGCUUUUGCUGGGAAAUGGAGGAAAAGUCCUGGACUUUUCUUCUAUUUUCCCAGCUGCAGGCUCUGUGAUCCAGCCAGAGAAAAUCCCACAUUCAUACACUGACAUCUGCUGAAGGAUCUUUGGGAAAACCACACAAGAACCUAAAACUGGUCAGUAGCAACCAAAGGACAUUGUGGUUUGUGCAGUGGGGCUGUGGACAGGUGAAGGUGGUUUCCUUGUGCUCCUGAGUUUGGUGCAUCCCACUGGUCACCAGUGAUCUCUGUUCCCCCUUUCUGCACUCACCCUCCUGCCCUGCUCCUCCUUUCCCUCCUCACCCACCUUUGUUUGCUCCCUAAUUGCUGACACAUCCCAGAACUUGCACCUGCAGCUGAUGCAAGACCCUCUGCAAGACAAAUUCUCCUCAAACAUCCAGAGAGUGGCUUUUGCCCUUGCUCCAGGUGACUUUCUUCCCCUCCAAGCUGGCAAGGUGGACAUGGGCAGGUGGCUUUUGCCUUUGGACCCCUUGGGGCAGGACCAUGUGGUCCUGGGGUCAGUGCAGGUGGGUUUGAUGGUGCUGGUGAUACCACUCAGGUUCUCACUUCCUUCUGUGUGCAGUCCAGAGGUACCUGAGAUGAAUCUGCCCCAAAAAAAGCUCAGCUCAACCUGUUCAGUUGAUGCAUCUUUUAAAAAAGAGAGGAGUCCUUGCCAAGGUGAUUUCACUGAUAGACCAGAAAUUAAAGUCAUAAACUAUUGUGAUUUUUUUUCCACCAGGUCCUGUCGUGAUCCUAAUGUUUACAUUUUUAGGUAGCUAUGCAAAGCAGGGACAAGGAAUGAUUCUUUUUAAUUAGUUACAGCUCUUCAGCUGAGUCCAUCCACUCUGUAACUUCAAGGGUAUCUCGUGAUACCUGGGGAUGGAUUUGGCUGAACAGUCACGAGUUUAUUGCCUUUGGAAAUCAGUAUAUUUUCAAAAGAAUGUGAACAAUUUGUACAGUCUUGCAACAGUUGCUACAAAACCAGAAAAAAUACCAGAAACACUUGCUAUGUGUAUUUUAACUCCAACCAUUCAAUUCCACUAAGUUAAAAUGUUAACUCAGCCAAAUGCUUUCUGUAUAUUGUGUUUUCCCACUUCUCUGUUUUACAAAAUAAAUUAAAAAAAAAAAAAAAAAACAAAAAAAAAACCCCCAAAAACAAAAAAGGGUGGGGAGGAAAGCCAAGAAUGAGGGUUUAAACAACCAUUUCCCACUAAAAGGCAAAGCACUGAUUAAACACAAUAAGCUGUCAUAGUUCUCCUCCCAGGUGUGAGAAGAUGAUUUUGGGCUGAGUAGGAUGCACUGGGAUGGAUGGAAGUGUUCUCUGUGAUGUCACUGACACAAUAAAUGUUUACACACUGCAAGGAGUCCCCUUCCAAAGGGGAGGAUGCUCACGGGCAGAGUUGACCUCACACAAUUCAAUUGUUGUCACUUCAGCAGUCUCUCAUAAGCUACACUCUGUACAAAGUUGUCAGAGAAGGAGAGUUCAGUUUCAGUGCUUGUUUUGAGGGUUUUUAUAGACCGUGCUCAGCCUCCACGUGACUGGGAGCUGUUUCCUGUCCCUUCACUUUCGCACCCUUCUCCCUUGAUCAGCUUGUGAAAACAAGCUGAGGCCACUUAUGGGAACUCUGUAGCUCCUUCUGUGGGUUUUAUUUCCCAAGAACUGAUACUCAAAAAGAAAAAAAUAAAGGCU